AUGGCCGACUUCGGCGGCGCAAACAGCUUCAGGAGCUUCGCCCGAAGCUGGCAGCGCGCCGCCAACUUCCACGAGGUGAUCCCCCGCCGCCCGAGCCUCGUCAUGGCCGGCGACGGCGACGACGACCACGGCGAGGCCAUCCACUACGGGAGGAGCGUCGUGAGCGACGUCGCCGCCACGCCGUACACGAGCCUGCUCGGCCAGCAUCUGGGCGCCUCGCCGCCGCAGCAACCGGGCUCUGCUGGUGCUGGCGGCGCUUCAGACGGGCCCAGUGGCGGCGGGUACGGGUACGGUUCGUCGGCAGUCAGCGGCGACUUUCGCGACCGCGAGGGCAAGGCCCUGGACGCCGAAAUGGCAUCGGGCGCGCUGCCCGCCGGCUCGCCGUCGAGUCGGUCCAGCAUCUUCGCCGUGCCGCCUCACCUGGCGACGCCGUCCGUCAUCGGCAGCUACGGCUCCUUCCGCAGCUCGCACUUCGGCACGACGCGCACGGCGCGGUCGCGGUCGUCGUUCAGCCACGGCAGCGGGUGGCGGAUCCUCGGCGUCGAGGGGGACGGCGACGUCGCUGCCGGCCUCGGUGGUGUCGGCCCCGGCGUCGAAGACGAGGACGCGGCCCUGGCCCUGGCCCUGGGCGAGGAUCAGCCCAUCCUCGUCAAGGAGGUCAAGCAGGGCGACAAGAUACUCCUGACGGUCGAGGGCCAGAGCACGCUGCCCCAGUCCGUCUUCAACUCCAUCAACGCCAUCAUCGGCGUCGGCCUGCUGAGCCUGCCCCUGGCCUUCAAGAUGAGCGGCUGGAUCAUCGGCCUGGUCCUCCUGACCCUCACGGCCGCCGUCACCGCCCACACGGCCAAGCUCCUCGGCCGCUGCAUGCAGUUCGAUGCCAGCCUCAUCACCUACUCGGACCUCGCCUACGUGGCCUUUGGUGCCAGGGCCCGCGUCGUCGUCUCGGCCCUCUUCACCCUUGAGCUCGUGGCCGCUUGCGUCGCCCUCGUCAUCCUCUUCGCCGACUCGCUGCACCUCCUCCUGCCCGGCGUCGCCACCGUCAACACCUGGAAGGCCGUCUGCGCCGCUCUGAUCCUCGUCCUCAACGCCAUGCCGCUGCGCUGGCUUAGCUACACGAGUGUCGUGGGCAUCUUUUCCACCUUUUGCAUCGUCUGCAUCGUCAUCAUCGACGGCCUCGUCAAAGAGCACGGCCCCGGCUCGCUGUGGGAGCCCGCUGCGACCUACCUGCUCCCUUCAAACUGGCUGUCGCUGCCACUUGCGUACGGCCUGAUGGCCAGCCCGUGGGGUGCUCACUCCGUGUUCCCUUCGAUCUACCGCGACAUGCGGCACCCUCACAAGUGGAACAAGGGCGUCAAUGCCACCUUCUCCUUCUCAUACGUCCUCGACACCUGUCUGGCCAUCAUCGGCAUCCUCAUGUUCGGCGACGGCAUUAAGGAUGCCAUUACGUCCAAUAUCCUCAAGACGGCGGGCUAUCCAGAGGCCCUCACCAUCCUCAUGUGCAUCUUCAUCGCCAUCAUCCCGCUGACCAAGAUCCCCCUCAACGCCCGCCCACUCAUCACUACGGCCGACGUCAUAUGCGGCCUGCACGCCACCCACCAUCAUCACCAUCAUCACCACCACCACCAUCACGCCCAGUCCGCCGCAGCCCGCCGAUCGCAUCUCGUCACCACCUCCCUUCGCGCCCUCGUCCGCGUCACCGUCGUCCUCGUCCUGCUCGUCAUCUCCAUCCUCUUCCCGGCCUUCGACUCGGUCUGCGCCUUCCUCGGCGCCGCCCUCUGCUCCCUCAUCUCCGUCAUCCUCCCCAUCUCCUUCUACCUCAAGCUCUUCUGGCACGACAUACCCCUACGCGAGCGCCUCGCCUCCUGGGUCCUCCUCGCCCUCUUCUCCGUCAUGGGCCUGGUCGGCACGGUCUGGACCUUUCUCCCCAAGCACCUCGUCGGCGCCUAG